AGCCAUGGCCGCCUCCGGUAGCAAAUCAUGCCUCCAGUAUCUCUUCCAUCUGGCUCAAGACCAUCUGGAUUUUAGGUUACCGGAGAUUAAGGCUCUCCUGGCUCUCAGACUGAAACCAUUCCGUCCCUGUGGAGACUUCAAAGAGCAGUCUCCUUUCUGGUGCUUGGACUGCUUGUCAGAGGAAGAUGUUCGCACCGUGAUGGCCAGAUCUGUUUGUGCAAAGUCUGCUUUUGAGCUCUGGGGCCAUGGAAGAACAUACAGUGAACUCAGGACAUCCCUGUUAAACUACCCACCAGAGAAAAUGAGUCCCUACAUGCAGAAAGGCUCUUCGUACAGAAUGAAUGUCUACACUUUCAAUAAAACAUUGUUGUUUACGGACAGAAUUAAAAAGAUUGAUGCCAUGGAUUAUCUUCCCUUUGAAGGCUCUGUGAGCCUGAAGAACCCUCAGCACAUCUUCUGUUUGAUGGAGGACUAUGGCACCGACCCCAACAACAUCCCUGAGCAUCCAAACUACAUCUACUUCGGCAGAUGGAUAGCAGACGGUCAGCGGGAACUGAUUCGCUCCUACAGCGUGAAGAACAGACAUUUCAUCGGGAAUACCAGCAUGGACGCCGGCCUGUCGUUCAUCAUGGCCAACCACGCAAUGGCCAAAGACAACGACCUUGUUUAUGACCCAUUCGUAGGCACAGGAAGCCUUUUGGUUGCGUGUUCUCAUUUUGGAGCAUACGUGUGUGGAACAGACAUCGAUUACAACACUAUUCAUGGAAAAGGCCGGUCCAGUCGUAAAAACCAGAAAUGGAGAGGACCCGAUGAAAAUAUCCGAGCCAACCUCCGGCAGUACGGAAAAGAGGACAUGUAUGUGGACGUGAUGGUGUCUGACGCGUCCAAGCCGGUGUGGAGGAACGCAGCUCUGUUUGACGCCAUCAUCACUGACCCUCCAUAUGGGAUUAGAGAGUCAACCAGAAGAACUGGCUCCCAUAAGGACACUGUGAAAUCCCCUGAUGGGCUAUACGCAGAGUCCCACGUACCGGUCUCACAGGCGUACCACCUGAGUGACAUCUUUACAGAUCUGUUAAACUUCUCCGCCCACCAUCUUGUCUUGGGUGGGAGGCUUGUCUAUUGGCUGCCUGUGUACAGGCCAGAGUACUGCGAGGAGAUGGUUCCUCUUCAUCCUUGCCUUCUUCUCAUCAGUAACUGCGAGCAGACACUCUCCAGUCACACGUCACGGCGGCUAAUCACCAUGGAAAAAAUUAAGGAGCCAGAGGAACUGGACAGCCUGGCUCAUCUUUCAGAUCCCCGCUUCAUCCCCUACCAGGGACACAACGCCUUCAGAGAGAAGUAUUUCAGCGGAGUAAACAAAAGGUCUGGCAAGGACGACACGAAAUCAGACGUCAGUGGAAAGUGAAGACACAAAGGCCUUAUUAAUAGCAAGGAAUUUUUUUUUUUGAGGUUUUCCACAAAAAAAAAAGGCUUUUAAAUUUUGGUUAUAUUUGAUCUUAAUAAUGUUGCUAC